AUGAGUCGAGCAGAAGGAAUAACGGCCCAAACCCAUAGGUCACGACCGGGGCAGUCAAAAAUUCCAUUGCCCCAACAGAGGCAAAUUCAAGAAGAAGUUGAUAGGCUCCUAACUGAACGACUGCGCAAUUUCCAACGAAACGAGGCUGCUGACGAUGCACUUCGACAAGACAUGACCAACAUAAGCAUGUUACCAUUCACGAAUGAGAUCAAGUGGAUAGAUCCACCUCGUGGGUUCAUUAUGCCUCACUUCAUUCCGUAUAAAGGAGACGAAGAUCUAGAUCGACGUCUCAAAUAUUAUCGCAAUACCAUGAUCCUCUACAAGAACAACGAUGCGUUUAUGUGCAAAAUUUUUGCCACAACUCUACAAGGCGAGGCGCAAGACUGGUUUCACACUCUACUGCCGCAGUCGAUCUGGAGUUUUAAUGAACUUUCCUUUGUUUUCACUAAGGAGUAUUCGUUUAACCGCUCAAUCAAAAUGACAUCCAACCAUCUCUUCAGCAUCGUAAAAGACCCUCGGGAGACAAUUCAUGACUAUGUCAAGAGGUUCAAGUUGGAGAAGGCUAAGAUUGAUAGCUGCAACGAAGACAUAACAAUGGCAGCAUUCAAAAAUGGACUUCUCACCGAACAUCCUUUAUUUGAAAAAUUGAUCAUGGGAGAAGAAUUGACCCUAGCAGCUUCGUAUGCUUUGGCAGAAAAGCAUGCAUUAUGGGAUGAGGCAAAGCAGUCUAACAAAAAUGAGUCAGAAAAUACGCACAUAGAACGUUCCCCGACCAGAGAAGACUCAGCACUUGAAACAUUCACCAAGUUCACAGUUCCAAUCGGUCAAAUUCUUCGCAAGCUCAAGAAUGAACCUUGGUUCGAACUGCCGCCACCCAUGAAAUGUGAUCUUACCAGGCUGGAUUAUACAAAAUAUUGCGCAUUCCAUCAAGGACCAGGCCACAUUACCAACGACUGCUUGAAGUGGAAGCAGUACAUUUGA